AAUGGGAAACGUGUUCGGCAGCUUAUUUAAAGGCCUCUUCGGCAAACGGGAGAUGCGUAUUCUGAUGGUUGGAUUGGAUGCUGCCGGAAAGACUACGAUUUUGUACAAGUUGAAGCUGGGCGAGAUUGUCACGACUAUCCCAACUAUUGGAUUCAACGUGGAGACUGUCGAAUACAAGAACAUUUCAUUCACCGUGUGGGAUGUCGGAGGUCAGGACAAGAUCCGUCCACUCUGGAGGCAUUAUUUCCAGAACACACAAGGACUUAUCUUUGUUGUUGAUUCCAACGAUCGUGAACGUGUUGGAGAGGCUCGUGAAGAGCUGAUGCGUAUGCUCGCCGAGGAUGAGCUUCGUGAUGCCGUUCUUCUGGUCUUCGCCAACAAACAAGAUCUUCCACAAGCCAUGAACGCCGCUGAGGUCACUGACAAGCUCGGGCUCCACUCGCUCAGAAAUCGAUCGUGGUAUAUUCAGGCCACAUGUGCGACAUCAGGAGAUGGUCUCUAUGAAGGACUCGAUUGGCUCAGCAACCAGCUCAAGAAUAGAUCUUAAAUCAUUUUUCUGAAUCCACCUUCGACGAAUAAACGACUACGAAUCAUCCGUUUUUGUUAUUCGUUUCAACUCCUUUCUUCUCCCCAUUCAUUCUCUUUGUUCUUCUCUGUUCCAUUUGAAAUUCCCUCUCCCAUCCCUUAGGCUUUUUAAUUUGAUCACCAUCGCCCUCUUCUACUUUUUCAACCCAAUUUUUAUUUAAAGCCCCAAUUCAUUUGUCGUCUAUUUCUUCUUAACUUCCAAAUCCGACAUUUUUUCUUAUCCGAUUACAUUUGGAACCGCUCCUGACGGGAAUAAUAUGUAAGUUAUUCAUUGUUUUUCUCUCCAUUUUUGACCUGCUCCGCCCUCCAUCUCCCUCAAAUAUUCCCUGAAACAGUGUUGUGUAACGAGAAGAAGUAUGAACGUGUUUCUCUUCUCUUGUUGAACCAUUAUUCUAUUUUUGUGAUUUUUGCGCGUAAUUGCACACAAACCUACACACAAAUCUCGUUUUCAUCGUUCCCUUCCCCUCGAACCUUUAAUUUCGCUUCUCUUCUAUUUCGUAUCGAACACUGUUUUGCUUUUCCUCAAUUUUUCCGUAUUAUAGUAUCAUAUUCACCAUUUUUUUUGUCGUGGAGUAAAUUAUUAUGUUA